AUGGAUAUUGACGGGCGCGAUGAACGCGUUGUCAAGCGCCAGAAGCUGUCGAAUGGCAUCGCGAAAGCCAAGCGCAAGACGGGCGCAUCCAGAGUUUUCGCGCCAUACCGCACGGUAGGCCUGGUCUCUCCCACCUCAGUUCCCUUUACGAACGUGCCAUUGGGCAAGACGACGUUUCAAAUCACGACUUCCGUGGGCAGGAGCUUGCAGACAUACGACUUGCGACGAGGUCUGAACCUGGUCUUCAUCACGCGACCGCAGACACCGGCGGACAUCACCGCAACAUAUGCGUGGAAAGACAGAGUACUGGCAGCAUGGGGCGGGCAAGAGACGGACUCAUCACGAGGAGUGUGGGUCUUCAAGCGAGGCAAAAAAGACGCAGAGCUAGAGAUGCCACCGGGCUACGAAGAAAAUGUCAAAGCAUUUUGCAUAUUCGGAAGCUGGAUUGUGGGUGUCUGCGAAACUCGGUUGUUGGUUUGGAAGAGCACGAACUACGAGCUAUACACAUCGCUGAGCGGCAUCUCACCCGUACGUCUCACCAAGUGCAUUGCAAGUCUGCCGACGUUUCUAAAUAAGAUCAUCGUGGGGAGACAAGAUGGCAGCGCGGAGAUCUGGAACGUGUCAAGCGGGAAGCUGGUAUACACUAUCUUGCCGCCGUCCACUGCAUAUGGCGCUGUGACCGCGCUUGAGCCUACGCCGGCUUUGUCCCUGGUUGCUAUCGCAUUCGAGAAAGGACCCUUGAUCAUCCACGAUGUGCGAGCAGAUCAGACGGUAAUCCAGCUCAGUACUCCUUCCGGUGCGGCAGUCACUUCAAUCUCUUUCCGCACAGAUGGCCUUGGCGCUGGAGAGGAUGGGAGAAAAGCCGGAGUGAUGGCUACUGCUUCGACGGCGACUGGCGAUGUGAUUCUUUGGGACUUGAACAACGGUGGCCGUAGAGCCGGCGUGCUCCGAGCCGCGCAUUCUCACCCAACCCCAUCUUCACCAGGCGGAACUAGCAAAGUUGAGUUUCUUGUGGGUCAAGGUAUUCUGGUGUCUAGCGGUCUUGAUAAUAGCCUCAAGACUUGGAUCUUUGAUGAAGCACCCUUCAAUCCGGUCCCGCGAAUAUUGCACGAUCGCAGUGGCCACGGUGCGCCAGUAUCGAAUCUGAUGUUUUUGCCCACAUCUUCAGAUGGUGCAGAUGAUACAGGAAAGUGGCUUCUCUCGAGCAGCAAAGAUCGAAGUCUCUGGGGAUGGUCGCUUCGGCGCGAUGGCCAGAGCACCGAACUUAGUCAAGGCGCUGUACAGAAGAAGGCGAAGAAGCAAGGACUUUUAUCUGGCAACCGCGAUAGUUUCGAAGAUCCCAAGUGCCCUCCAAUCAUAAGCAUGGCCUGUAGCCUCAACAGAGAUGGCGGUAUAGGGGCCAUACCUGGAAAGCACCCUAUCUGGCAGCCAGCUGGGAAAGAGAAGCAGGUAUCGGCCGAAAUUAGCGCGAUGACGGGCUGGGAGAGUGUGCUCACGGCUCACGAGAAUGACAAGAAAGCGCGUACCUGGUUCUGGGGACGAAAACGCGCUGGACGUUGGGCCUUCGACACUGGAGAUGGCAGCAAUGUCACGUCGAUUGCGAUGUCUCCUUGCGGUACAUUUGGUCUCGUUGGCUCGGAGAAGGGUGGCAUUGAUAUGUUCAACAUGCAGUCUGGCAUGCAUAGACAGCGCUUCCCUGCUCGACUGACACCCAUGCAGGCCAAGCAGCUGCGACUGGAUGUGGAGAAACAUGGCCUGAUUGAAGAAGAUGAUGGUAAGAAGAAGUUCUACCGCGGGCAGGGCAAACACGCUUCUGCAGUCAUUGGUUUAGCUGUCGACAGCCUGAACAGGACCGUGCUCUCGGCAGGCGCGGAUGGCAAGAUCAAGUUCUGGAAUUUCAGUAAUGGUCUGCUACGAGAUCAGAUUGACUGGUCGAGCUCCACUCGUGUCACAGGUCUGCGGGUCCACCGUGAAUCGGAUCUUGCAGCUUUGUCUUGCGCCGACGGCUGUAUUCGCAUGAUCGACAUCUCGACACAGAAGCUGGUUCGAGAGCUAUGGCCUUCUCGAGUGCCCAUCGCAGAGCUCAAGGCCUUGAAGAUCGGCGAUUUUGCUUUCUCGCAUGAUGGUCAUUGGAUCUCAGCUUCCGCUGGUCACUUGGUCUUCCUCUGGGACUUGCCGACGGGUCAUCUUGUCGACGCCUUCAAGCUGAGAGCUGCUUGUACCAGCCUUGCCUUCUCUCCUACAGGCGAGUACCUAGCCACCGCCACGGCUGACAGCGUUGGCGUUGACAUCUGGACAAACCGCAGCAUCUUCACUCAUGUGCCGACUCGACACAUAAGCCAAAAGGAUCUAUUGCAGACCAUUCACUCCGACGAAGCUCAAGCGCCUACAGCUUCAGGGGAAGGCGGACAGAAUCUCAUUGCCGAGACAGCCGAAGACGAGUCUGAAGAAGAUGCAGAACUCGGUGCAUUGGAUAUCCCACAAGCAGAAGUCGAGCAACUAUCCGAACACCUCUUGUCUUUGUCUCUCGUACCUCGCUCUCGCUGGCAGAAUCUUCUCCAUUUGGACAUGAUCCGACAGCGCAACAAGCCAAUCGAAGCGCCAAAGAAGCCAGAAAAAGCGCCCUUCUUCUUGCCGUCACUCCAAGACAGACAGGCUCAACAGACCCUCCCAUCUACCGACACCGCGACGAAUACAGCCGCAGAGCUCGAGAAAGAACGAACAAGAGUCCUCAAACUCACGCGAGAAGGCAUGCGCAGCGAAUUCACCAAUCUCCUGCAUGCCUCGAACGAAGUACAAGACUACGCUGCUUUCCUUUCCCAUCUCAAAAAUCUCAGCCCUGCCGCAGCAGAAGUCGAAAUCCGCUCCUUGUCAUACGAGAACAGCGAAUUCGUCACUUUUGCGCGUGCACUUACGUAUCAACUUUCGACAAAGCGGGAUUUUGAACUCGUGCAGGCUUGGAUGGCGGUCUUCCUGCGUGUUCACGGAGACGUAGUUAUCACCGACGAAGACGUUAGGGAAGCUGUGGAGCAAUAUCGGGAUGCGCUAGAAACGGAGAAGAGAAGGAUUCAGAAGCUAGGCGGAAUGGUCAAUGGGUUGGUCGGGUAUCUCCGGGCUGCGAGGAUAUAG